AUGGAAGUUCCAUUGAAGAAAAAAAAAUACACACAAAAGUAUAGAAAAGAGUGGGAAUCAUCAGAUGAAUUCAAGACUUUACCUAGUGAUAAUACGAAAGCGUUAUGCUCAUUUUGUAAAGCAGAAUUAUUAGCAAAAUUAGUAGACUUAAGGAGACAUGCUGAAACAAAAAAAAACACAAACAAAAUGAAAAUUACAUCCGCCAAUAAAACGAUUCAAUUCGCGCCUGGUAAAAAGUUUACAAACCCAAAAUCUCGCCAAGCUGAAGGAAUGCUCGCUCUAUACACUAUAGAACACAAUUCAGUUUUCAGUUUUUUUUUCAUCUAAUAAAUUUAGCAAAAUUUACUUUCUCUGAUUCCAAAGCAACGGGCGACCUAAAAAUGCAUCGGACCAAGUGUACUAAAGUUAUUAAGAAUGUUUUGGCGCCACAUUUCGGUGAAGAACUAAUAAAGAAUAUAGGAGGACAGAAAUACAGUCUUAUCAUUGACGAAUCAACCGA